AAAACCGAACACCCGCCGAGGAAUCAAACCAAAGCAAAAACAGAAAAGCCAACGCAAAGCAUAAUCUUCUUCUGUAAUGUAGUACCCGCAAUUUCUCACUAAAACCCUAAACCUCAAUCCUCUAAUUUCUGGGUUUCUGAAUCCAGGAAACAAAAACACAAACAAUUGGCAAAUGUCUCACUCUCACCCAUUGCCCCUGAAGAGACAAGGUGAACACUUGUCCGAUGAUGGCGCCUCUGCCAUAAAGCCUUCUCGCCUCAAAAUUGCAAUACCCUCUGAGGAUACCGACAAGAAGAAUGCGAACAGGAGGCUUAAAGAUGUUGAAAUUUGUGUCCCGAUAGUGUAUGGGACUAUUGCAUUCUAUCUGGGUAGGAAGGCCAGUGAGUCUCAAUCCCAUAAGUGGACGGUCUAUGUACGUGGAGCUUCCAAUGAAGAUCUUGGGGUGGUGAUAACGCGGGUUGUGUUUCAGUUGCAUCCUAGUUUCAAUAACCCCACUAGAGUUGUUGAAUCGCCACCGUUUGAAAUAUCUGAAUGCGGUUGGGGUGAAUUUGAAAUAUCCAUCACCCUCUUUUUCCACAGUGAUGUCUGUGAAAAACAGUUGGAUUUGUUUCACCAUUUGAAAUUAUAUCCAGAAGAUGAAUCUGGGCCUCAGUCAACGAAGAAACCUGUUGUUGUUGAAUCUUACAAUGAGAUUGUCUUUCCUGAACCCUCUGAGGGAUUUCUCGCACGUGUGCAAAAUCAUCCUGCUGUUGUUGUGCCUAGGCCUCCUGUCGGUUUGAAUUUACCUAGCCCUGUACCAAUUGAUGCUAUGAAUGACAAGGAGAGAGGUGACACCAAAGAUCAUCCUCUAAGCCAGUGGUUCAUGAACUUCUCAGAGGCUGAUGAACUCUUAAAACUUGCAGCAGCUCGCCAGCAGGUGCAAUCACACAUUGUUAAGCUACGAAGACAAUUAAGUUUGAUGGAAGGGCUACCUCAGCUGUCAAAACCGCCCUCUGGUUAUGAAUGUACAUGAUUUUUAUUUUAAUAAUUUCUGGAGCUUCCGUUUAGGGUUAAACUGGGAAGAUUAGUGAUGAAUAAUUAUGUAUAUAUGCUCGUCAUCUUCCUUGUAGAUUGAAUUGAAUAUUUCUAUAUGGAGAAGACAAAUAGAUUGGAGUUUUAGAAGAAUGGUCAUGGUAAGUGAAAUUUAUGCUUAAAAUCUUAAAUGGUGAUAGAUACGUGUAUUAGCUGUACUUUUGAGGAGUUUAAUAUGUUAUCUCUAGUUUAGAUUUCUUUCACUUUAAUCAUCUAGGCCGAACUUA